AUGGGGGUGGGGCCUCGGGGAUGCACUGUCACAAACAGCUUUCGGUUCUGCCUCAGCCGUCCACCCCGAGGUCGCGGGGAGAAGCUGGCCGUCUGCGACCCGGAAGGAGACGCACGCCAGAGACCGACUCAUCCGGUUCCUGCAUCUCGGCCUCCGGAAGGAGACGCACGCCAGAGACCGACUCAUCCGGUCCUGCAUCUCGGCCUCCCAGGGUCUAGGACUCUGAGAAAUAAGUGUGUGCGGCUGAAGCCGCACUCUGCGGCGUUUCUGCUGGCAGAAGCCUGGACUGGGACAGCUGCUGCAUCCGUGGUCAUGAUCUGUGGUGACGACAGAGAAGGCGGCCCUCAGAUGCUGCACCCUGGGGCCCGGGGAGCUUCCCUGCCUGUUUGA